AUGUCGUGGACCUGCACGAGUACUCAGCGAGGGCUGACCUGUUUUCCAGGCACGACUAAUGUUAUCGGUUUGGGUGGUACAGUGAAACAACUCAGCCAAGUAUCUGUCGGUGAUUAUGUUCAGGUGGUUGACCAUGGUCAAUUGACGUAUGAGAAGAUACUCGGUUUUCUUCAUUCUGAACCAAAUGAUUUGUACGAUUAUUUGUCGAUCGAUGUCGAUAUGUUGAAUAAUGAAACGACAGUUCUAGAAAUAUCAUUCAAUCAUUUGGUAUUUUUGUACAAUAAAGCAGACCCCGUGUUCGCUGGAAAGCUGAAAAUUGGUCAACAAUUAGAAGCUGUCUAUGAUGGACAUAUUGGUCCCGGCAUAAUUACUAAAAUCAAACUGACAAGAGAUCAAGGUUAUUUUGCGCCAUUAACCAGUUCUGCUCCAACACAUGAUCCUACAAUAGAAUUUAGAUCAUCAAGAACAUCACGAACAAAAUUAUCUAAAACUAUUACAGAAGGUGGUACCAACAAAACAUGUGAAACAUUUUUUGAAGAUGGAGAAUCAAAAGAAAUAAGAUUAUUAAUGAAAAAUGAAGGAUUAAGAACAGGAGCAGUGCAAACAGAGCUGAUCGCACUCAAAGUGGCACCGUAUUAUCCUGAUCAUGAUUUUGAUCCCCUAUCUCAACUUCAGGCCUUGCUCGAUCGAACUCCUCGGCUCUAUUUCGUGAACUUCACUUCUUGGCAACUAUCGUCUACGCAAAUGCCUGCGUUUGAAUAUUCAAAUACUUCGGUUCGUACACUAGGUUUACAAGACGUUGAUCGAUACUACAAUAGCGAACAAUGUGUUACGUUGAGUCGUUCACCAUUACGUAUUCAGUGUGAAGUACUUUCAAUUGCAGUCGAGAAUCGAACAAAUGUAAUUGAUCUUAUCAGCACGAUGACUAAUCUUCGAGCGUUGAAUGUGUUGUGCCGAGAUGAUACGUGGAAGGAGGACAAUAAUCAACCGUCGUCAAGGGAGGACGAACUUGUCGAGUGGUUGCAACAUCGCGUGCCAUCCACAUGCACGAUCACCAGAAGCGAUGACAGUAUUUAUAGCAGUCGAUUUGCUCACUUCAAGUCUGUUCGAUUAUGGAUUCGUUAA